AUGGACACGCCGGACGAGGUGUCGGAAGCGAUCAUCAGCACGGGUGGCGAUGGUAGCGGAUCGUUCGUGGAGGUGGAAAUCGCCUACUCGUCUUUGCCCAUCAUUCCGCCCUCCCUGUUCGCCGACAAUGAGAACGUGGUUUCGCUCAAGAUGGAGGACUGCGAUGUAGAACUGCUCGAGGCGCAUACUUUCGAUGAUGCGCACGAGCUGAAGUACUUACAGCUGCAGAAGAACCAUCUCACGGUGCUGCACGAUGAUGCGUUUGUGCGUGCGACGAAGCUGUUGCGGCUUAACCUUGGCGGGAACCGUAUCGUCACUGUGAAUGAGUUCGCAUUCCGCGGACUAGACGACUUGGAGACGCUGCGUUUGUCACGCAAUAAAAUCGCCCAGUUUGCGGCUAAAACGUUUGCUGGCAUGAGCCAGCUGACGGAGUUGAAUCUUGAUCAUAACCACGCCGAAGAGCUUCCGGAUCGCCUGUUCGAGGAACUGGGACAACUUCGGGAGCUGCAUCUGGACCAUAACUACCUCUCUGGAUUGUCGCGGAACACCUUCGUCGGGCUGACGGCUCUGCGGAAGUUGAUUCUGAAGGAGAACGAGCUGUCAUCUAUCGAUCCGCAGGCGUUCGGGCCAUUAUCCUCGCUGACGGAGCUGGAUCUGGAGGGCAACAAUCUGAAACUGCUGUCUCCGAGCACGUUCGUUCCAUUGGGGCACUUGCGGGAGCUCGUCCUGGCCGACAACUAUAUCGAGCGGCUGGAUGAUGCGAUCUUCGCAGGUAACACCAACCUGGAGAUACUGAAGCUGAACAACAACUCCAUUGAAGAACUGCAGCCAGCCGUGUUGGCGGGCUUGAAGAACCUGGAAGACCUGGCGCUGCAGCACAACGAAAUCCGAGUGCUCGAUAAGCACCUGCUCAAGAACGCGAACAGUCUGAAGGUGCUCCAGCUCGAGGGAAAUGUCAUUCACAAGAUCGUUCCAGGGACGUUCGAUGGGCUGAAGCGACUGGAAACGCUGGACUUGGAAGACAACAGCCUAUCAUCGAUCGAUGGUGGCUUGUUCGUGGGGCUAUCUUCGUUGGAAAAGCUGUACAUAAACGAAAACCAGCUAGAAGAGCUUAAAGCUGGCGCUCUCAAAGGGCUAGACCGAUUGCGUAAGCUGGAACUGGAGCAGAAUGUCAUCCGGCGCGUGGACGAGCGCUUCCUGGACGAUUCGAUGCAACUACGCGUGCUCUCGCUCGAGGAAAACCUUAUCGACGAGAUCCCGGCAAAGCUGUUCGCCAACCAAAAGAGCCUGAAGGAAGUCUCGCUGGAAAACAACAACAUCAAGCAGCUUCCGGAUGGGUUGUUUGCAGCCGUAUCCACCUGUCUCGAGGAACUCUAUUUGGCCGAUAAUGACCUUGACUCGCUUUCACCGGCUCUCCUGGAUCUACCCCGUCUGGAGCUGCUGGACAUUUCUGACAAUAAGUUCCGCGAGCUUCCAGAUGAUAUGUUCAGCAAGGCGAAGCAAUUGCACGAGCUGUAUGCUGAUGGUAACAUGAUAGACGAUGUACCGGAUGCUCUGCGAGCUCUGUUACGCUUGUCAACGCUUUCACUUACACGCAACCGUCUGCGUGACAUCGAUCCGCAAAGCUGGAGCAUGAUGCAGCGUCUCAAGGAGCUGUACCUGUCAGAAAACUUCAUCGAAACCAUCACACCACAGAGCUUUGAGCGGCUAGAGUCACUGAAGGAGUUACAUCUCGAUCGGAACCACAUCCGCAGCAUUCCUCCAAGCACGUUCGCGAAGAACACCAACCUCGAGAAGUUGAACCUUUCCAGUAAUCAUCUAGAAGGACCGCUAGCAAAUAGCUUUGCGAGUCUGUGGAAGCUAAAGCAACUGCACCUGGCCGACAAUCCGCUUGUGACGAUGGAAGCGAAUAGCUUCCGGGAUUUGCGCAAAGUUGAGAAGCUUUCCCUUGAGAAUGUUAGCUUGUCGGACAUCAGUGGCAGUCCGUUCUACGGUAUGUCAUCGCUGGAGCUGCUCGACCUCGACGAGAAUCGAGUGCAGCGACUGGAGGGUGCGUCCUUGCGCGGGCUGGAAAUGCUCGAAAAGCUGCUCAUCAAUAACAACCCCGUGUCACGCAUUGAUACUAACACGUUCAAACACUUGGGCAACCUGAAAACGAUCUCGUUCGGACCCGGAGCAAUCGACUUCCCCGAGGAUCUGCUCCAGAACAAUCAGCGGCUGAGAGAGCUGUACUUGUUCGAUUGCGUUGCUAGUCCCCUUCCGGGAAGGUUUUUCCAUUUCAACAAAAAGUUGAAAACGUUAGCGAUCGCUAACAAUGGCAAGUUGGGCGGAUUGAACAAGCAGUGGUUUAAGGAUCUGUCUAACUUGCAGACGCUGGUGCUCACUCGGAACGGUUUGUCGCAGUUCGAAAAGGGGAUAUUUGAUACAUUGGAUGGGUUGGAUGAGCUGUAUCUUUCGGGCAAUCCGGUCGGAGAGCUGGAUCGCGAUGUGUUUGCGAAAGUAGUUAGUCUAGAGGUGCUCGAUUUGUCUGACAUGAAGCUACGGACGCUCCCGAUGGGCUUAUUUGACAAUCUGUUCGAUCUCGAAAACCUUGAUUUGGGAGAAAACCAACUGGCGAACGGAUUGGCGAUUGGUGUGUUCAGAAACUUGUACUCCCUGAGAACACUUUCGUUGGACAACAACCAUCUGAAAACGUUAGAAUCUGCAUUGUUUGAUGACUUGAAAAACCUUCGUGUGAUCGAUCUGAGCGGUAACGAGCUGAGCAGUCUUGAUCCGCAACUGUUCCACGAUUCGCUCGAUCUGGAGCUACUCGAUCUGUCGUCGAACAAGUUCACCUCGUUUGAUCUCCAGCAAACCACGUUUGCCAAAACGUUGAUCGAGCUGGAUCUCGAUGACAACCAGCUCGUGUCGAUUCGUGUGACGGAGGAUCUCGAAGAACUGUACGUGGAAAACAAUCAGCUGACGGAGAUCACGGUGGACAACUCGCCGUCGUACAACUUGCGUAGCCUCUCGAUAGCGAACAACAAAUUCACUGAGCUGGAUUCGCUGUACCGAUUCAACAAUCUGGAGGAUUUGGACGCAUCAUACAACGGCGAGCUGCGGGUGCUGGAACUGGGAAGAAUUUCAAAAACCAUGUCUGUCCUGGAAGUGCUGAACGUGUCCCAUUGCAGCGUUGAGGAGCUCGAUCUUGCGGAGAUAGAAGUGCACGCUUUUCUCGAGGUGUUGGACGUGUCGGGCAACAAGUUAGCAAACCUGGAGAUGGAUGCUUAUGGCUACUUCCCGGCAAUAGAGAGCUUCAUAUUCGGUGGUAAUGCGUUCCAGCGGUUCUCUGUCGAGGAGUUGUUAGCCAGCUUUAAGGAUCUCGAAAUGCUCGGUCUGGAGGGUACCGCCUGGGAGCCCAGCUUCCUCGACGAGCUAGAAAACUACAUCGAGGACAAGGAUGUUAGUUUUUGGAAGCAUGGUGUAGAAGAGGCCCCCACAUGCACCAUUGGACGUGUCAGCAAUCUUUUCUGCAAUAUUUUGCAAGUGUUCACACUGUGCUGCCUUAUCGCUGGGGCGCUAGGUGUAGUAGAGUUCGAAUGCGACGACAAUGAGUGUGAAUUUCUGCUGGACGAGCUGAGUUUGGCGGAAGAUAUCAGCGCUUACAAAUUCCGGCUCACGGUAGAAAGUGGCAUGGUCGAGACGUGCUUCGAGGGAUCGCGUUUGUCGAUUGUCCCACCGGCCUUGUUUGCUGAUUACGGUGACAAAUUGGACAUCCUUGACAUGCAAAAAUCGGACGUGCAGAGGGUAGAUCCGGACACGUUUAGCGGUGCAUUUGGGCUACAAAGAUUGAGAAUGCAAUUGAAUCGCAUACCGACGCUUUACAGUUUCAUGUUCAGCAAUGCUACCGAACUGGUGCUCAUCAAUUUUGGCAGUAACCGCAUCGAUGAGGUGGGAGAGUUUACGUUUCAAGGAUUGAAGAAGUUAAAAGCGCUUCGUCUGUCCCGGAACAAGAUAAGAGUUCUACCCCGGAAGCUUUUCGCCGGUUUGACCGAGCUCACUGAUUUAAACGUGGAUCAUAACCGUAUCGUGGAGCUGUCGGACGGAUUAUUUGAAGACUUAGAGCUUUUGGGAGAGCUGUAUCUGAGCUUCAAUUUCAUCGAGCGCAUCAGCAACGGCUGCUUUGUCGGUAUGCCAACAUUACGUAAGUUGGUGUUGAAGAAUAACCGAAUCAGUUUCAUCGAAGCAGAUGCGUUUAAACCAAUGCCGAACCUACAUUACAUCUAUCUGGAAGGAAACCGUUUAACAGCUCUCGCACCAGAGACAUUUAGCUCGCAGACUAUCCUUUUCGAGCUGAACCUGUCCAUCAAUAAACUAGUGGAGCUACCGAAGGAUCUGUUUCGCAAUACCGUUGCUCUACAAGUACUGAAGCUAACAAAUAACUCGCUAGAGCAGCUACAUCCAGAUUUGUUCGAUAAUGUUCCCAUCUUAGACGAACUGGCGCUUGAGCAUAACAGACUAAAAUCGGUUGAAGCGGCCCUUUUCAAAAAUCUUCAGAACCUAACCACAUUGCUGCUAGAGAAUAACCAACUUGGAAACAUUCCUAUUGGAACGUUCGAUUCGUUGCGUUCCAUCCAGAUACUGGAUUUGGAAAAUAAUGGAAUUACGAUGUUCGAGGGAAGUUUGUUUCGAAAUCAUCAAUUCUUGAAAAAGUUGUUCCUUAAAAAUAAUUUGAUAGGGUUCAUCCGUGGUGAUUUUCUAGUGGGCACCAGGUUGCUGAAGGAACUGUAUCUGGACAAUAACCCAUUGGAGGAUAGGAUUGACGAUCAGUUUUUGAGACCAAUUAUGCUUUCGACGCUGUCAAUGGAUCACUGUGGGCUUAAGGAUAUUCCAGACCGCAUAUUUGAGAAUCAACAUUUUCUGGGCUAUUUAUCGCUACGCGAGAACAAAAUAACUGAGCUAAAUCCGGCGUUGUUAGCACCUCUCGAGCGGCUAGAUGAAUUAGAUCUAGCUAAAAACCAGCUGCGUAAUGUAUCAAACUCACUAGCAAACUUAACUGUCCUGGAUGAAUUAGACUUAUCGGGUAAUCACAUUAGCUACCUACCAGACGAUGCCUUUGCUGGAAUGAAGCACGUGAAAAAGAUUAUUCUCAAUAAUAAUGAGCUGGAAGAGAUUCCGAAAGCUGUGACUGUGUUGCCGACUUUGAAAACACUUUCCCUGACGAAUAACAGGAUCAAAUCAACUGCUACGAGCGGCAAUAUGUCGAUCAAGGAGCUGUUGUUGAGCGGAAACGAAAUAAGCACGCUCCGCCUGGAACAAUUGCGCAAUCUGGAGGGGUUGGAUUUAAGUAAUAACCAGCUUCGUAGCAUUUCGAAUGAUGCAUUCCAGUUUAGCAUGCAUCUUAAAGAGUUAGAUUUAUCGGGAAAUUUGCUCACUGGUCCACUAGAGGAUGUUUUUCCAUGGAAGCUAGAGAACCUAGAUCUCAGCAGGAAUCCGCUAGGAGAGGUCACUAAUGCCACAUUUAAAGACCUGAACAAACUGGAACAGCUAUUUUUGCAGAAUACGAGCCUCACAGAGCUUAAGAACAGUCCGUUCGCUUCCCUUGUGAAGCUGGAGAAAUUGGACAUAUCGGAGAACCGAUUGGUUAGGGUUGACGAAGCAUCUAUGCGAGGCAUAGAAAAGGUGGAAGAAGUAAUCCUGAAUGACAAUGAAGCUACCGUCACCGAUUUGAGUGGACUGAUCGAGCUUAGCCGAAUGCGAGUUCUGUCGCUAUCGUUUGCAAAUAUGCAACUGCCGCAUGAGCUGCUCAAAAACAAGUCUAAAUUGGCCGAGUUCUACGCACAAAUGCCUACGUUCGCCAACUUACCAGCUUCAUUUUUCCGUUACACUCUCUCGCUGAAGAAACUUUCCAUUUCUGAUAAUAAACGGUUCACCACGCUGCCUAAGGAUUUCUUUAGCUACGUGCCAUAUCUGAAGGAGCUUACACUGCUGAACAACAGCUUGUCAUCGCUGGAGGCAGGUGUGUUCGAUCCACUAGGCCUGCUCGAGUCAUUGGAUGUAUCAGAAAAUCCCCUCAAAUCGCUUCCUGCCGGUUUGUUUUCCAAAACAUACAGUCUCACAAACCUGCGUAUUGCCGACGCCAAUCUAAGUAGCCUGCCCAUGGCAAUCUUCGCUAAUCUGGACAUGUUGGCUGAGCUUGACCUGAGCAACAACCAGCUGUCGGAACUACCGGAAGAUGUGUUUAGCCAACUGUACUCACUGAGAAUUGUGUCUCUCGAAAAUAACCGCAUCGAAAGGUUAACGCCAGCGGUGUUCGAUGGCUUGGAGAAACUGGAAACGGUGCAUCUUGCACACAACAAGCUGAAGACGCUGGAUUCACGAAUAUUUGCUGGGGUACCGUUACAGGCGCUCGACCUGUCGUACAACAAAUUCUCAGCGUUUGAUCAGAGCACGAUGGCAUUUGCGGAGAACUUGCUCAUUUUGUUUAUGCAUGGUAACGAGCUUACGUUCCUCAAAGUAUCGCCCACUCUUGAGAAGCUUUCCAUCGACGAUAACAAACUAACGUCGAUCGAGGUGAACCUCACGGGGACGGAUGGGUACGGCAUGUUGACCUCCCUGUCGGCCGUACGCAAUCGCUUCCUUAGUCUCGAUAGCUUGUACAAGUUCAAGAUUAUGACCGCACUAGACGUGUCGUUUAACGAGCUAGAAGAACUGGACUUGGGAAAACUUUGCACCGAGAUGCUGUCCCUUGACAUGCUGAACGUAUCGAACAGCCACGUGCGAAGCAUCAAGACCGAUGGUCUCAGUUCGGCGAACUACAUGACUCACCUGGAUGUAUCGAAUAACAAUCUCACGAGUUUGGACUUGAGAACGUUCGGGUACUACAGAAAAAUGCAGAACUUCAUCUUUGGAGGCAACAAGUUCGAUACUUUCCCCGUGACUGACCUGUUCGAGGUGUAUAGCGAGCUGAAAACGAUCGGAGUGGAAGGAACAGAAUGGAAGUGUGACUUUCUGCGCAAUCUGAAAGUAUCGAUGGAUGAGGCACUCGUUAAAUUCUGGUACAAACCGCAGGAAACCGACGACGGUGUUGUUCGCAUAUGUAACAAGACGGUCGACGGUAUAUGCUGCGUUUAA